GCGUCCAUAAAAAUUGCACAAGCACAAAGAAAAGCAAAAGUGAAAAGUAAAAAUAACAAUUUAAGUUGAAAUGCAUAUGCAACGUUUUCAAUUUGUGAUGCGCAGCAUGUUGAGGGUGCAACAGGUUGCAGCAAUGGCCCAACACCAGCAACAACUCCGCAAUUUGUCGCUUUAUUGGCAUUUGGCGCAAUCACAAAGGACGGCUGGAGCGCCUGGAAACAAAUCAGGAGGUGACCAGAAACCAAAGAACCCCCCACAAAGAAUUACCCUUGUUCAGCAAAACCAGGCAGUUAGCAUAACCACCUUGGAGGAGGCACAGAAGUUGGCCAAGCGGCGAGAGCUGCACCUGUUGCGUUUGGAGCAAACAGACACCAAAACGGGGCGCGCCAUGUUUAAGCUUGUCACCUCUGCGGAAAUGUUAGCCGAUGAUGUGGGAACAACGACAACCACUACCGACAAAGUCCACAAAAAGUCUGAGAAAUCACUGACAAUAGGGGCCCGAAUCACAGAGCAUGAUCUUUCGUCGCGUCUCAAGAAUAUCGUCAAAUGGCUGAGCAAGCGGCACGAGGUCCGCAUACUCAUCCAAGGCAGUGCCAGCGGAUCCGACGAAAGCAGCGCUGAGCGCAUAGUCAAGGCAAUUGGACAAACCAUUACAGAACCGCAGGUCAUUGGCAAAAUAGUUCAAAAACGCAGCAAGGGUUCCUAUAUAAAGUUUAACAUUUUGCCUGUGACUCAACCUGCCGCUUCCACGCCCACCGCCGCCCAGUCGUGACAACUACCGCCAUUGCCUCGGAUAAGUCCCACUCAUUUCACAGCAAUGGCGCUACACCCGUCAUUCUUCAUCAGGCCCAACAGAAGUGCCCAUAACUAUUCUACCAUGAAAAAUAAUGGGCGCCGGAGAUCCACUGAUCCAACGAAACCUGGAAUAGUGGCGGCUGCUUCAUUUCUUUUAAUAUUUACCAUGAAAUAUGUCUUCUGGAUGCACGCUCUAAA